AUGUUACCAACAACAGAAACAUGGCGUCAGUGUGCUGUAAUGUUGAGUAAUGCAUCUGAACAAGCAUUGCAUACUGCUGCAGCUACUGCUUUAGCUGUCCUUGAAACUGGAAACACGCGAGUUAAUGAACUUGCUGUUGUUGCGAGUAGUAAUAGUGAUAGCGAUAGUGGUGCCACGGUGUUGUUGGAUACACUGCUGACAAGUGCGAUGCUUUUUAUUUUCCGGCAGUUCUGUGCGGAGGGUGUGGAGGACACACAAACAGCACGACAAUUUCUUCUAUCCCACGAAGUACACAUCGCCCCACAGGCGGUGGAUGUCAUUGUGGAGAUAUGGGCAGUAAACAGGCGACGGGUAGUUUCACUUGUGCGCUGCAGGGCUGUUAAGGAUUUCUGCAACUCCACAAGUGGGAACUCUUCAAUGUUGCCAAAGUUCAUUGCUUCAAGGGCACGCGUUAUCGCAGCCAAAGGUGAUAUCUCAACAACAACAACAACAACAGUAAUAACUGCUAAUACUAGUACUGCACCAACGGAAACAAUGAAGCUAUCUGACUCCGCCUGCUGUGUGGAAUCACUGUUGUUAUUCCCCGCAACAUCCACACAUCCUGACGGUGUUGAGGUCAAUGUGAACUGCGAAGAGGCGUACAGUUUUUUCUGCGAACUGGACAAGAUUAAUGCAAAAUUAGAUGUGUUACUCGGUCACUAA